AUGACAAAAUGUUUGAUAAAAGCACUGAAGGCUGUUGAUCUUCAAAAACACGCUCUUGUGUUCAAAUCCCUCGGUUAUGAUAGCGCUGGUGCCCUCGCAAAUUUUCAAAGUAAUCAUUUUAAUCGUUUGAACUUAAAUGAAGCCGAAUUAUUACGUUUUAUUGCGUUAUUGGAUGUUUUGAAAGAUGCAACUCGGGAGGGAAAGAUCUGUCCUCAUUACUUUAACUCCAAACUAAAAAAUGAUGUAAAUGGAGCAAAUGGUAGUGAAGGACGAACCAUAAAAGCAGCAUGGACUAUUCCCACAGAUGAACCAAUGCUCAAUAAACAAUCAGUUCGUGUCACAUCAUCUUCCUCUUCAAACGUCGGAGGUAACAAGGAGAAUCACAAAUCAUGCAAGCCUACAUAUAACCGUUGGCAAACCAUUAAUCGAGCAUCAACUAAACACAAGUUGGCGUUUAAUGGAACAUUGCAUAAUCGAUCAAAAAAAUCGAACACAUUGCAGAGCAAACAGCAAGCUUGGGUAAAAACAUCAUCUCAAAGUUCUUCCAGUCAGAUAAAUACAAAUCGUUCGAAUGACAGUUUAAAAGUUCGACAAAAACGUUCAACAAGCUCAUUGACAUCGUCAUCAAAUGAUCAUAAUCGUCGUAGUAUGAGCGCAUUUGAUGUUCUCCGUUUGAAAGAUCAGCAGCAUGCAAAAUCAUCUAAUGAUGACAUCUUUGUUCGACCGUUUACAAGUCCCGAAAAAUUUGCUCAUCCAAAGAAUAAUUCAGCUCAAAAGUUUUUUGGAGCAAAAAUAUUUCUCAAUCGGCCAUUGGUCGAACAUGUGAAAGUAAAUGGAUAUAACUACGGAAUACCAACAGCCAAAAGAGCACGAUCAGCACCUUAUCGGACAUUUACUCAACAAGAUUCAGUUAGUUCAAGUAAAAUAUUUUCUUCAAAUGUAGAUGGUAUGACCACGAGUACAUUAUACGCAAAACCAGCUGAAAUUUAUGUUUAUGCAAGAAAACGUCCAUUAUUAUCAACAGAAACAAAUUUUAACGAUGGAAUUAUUGUACCCGAUCAAAAACGCAUGAUUAUUGCUGAAAAAAAAUCAAAUUUAGAUCGCUCACCUUUGCUUAAAAAAACAGAAUUUCAAUUUGAUCAAGUAUUUGGUGCUGAAACAUCCAAUAAACAAAUAUUUGAUCAUACUUUACUACCGUUCAUUGAAAAUACAUAUAAUCGUCAGAAUAUGACAUACAUCUGCUUUGGUCAGACGGGUUCAGGCAAAAGUCAUACAAUGUUUGGAACAAAAUCAAUGGAUGGACUACUCAUUUUUUCCAUGCAACUUUUACUGAAUGAAAAUUCAUCGCAUUCAAUUAUUUAUGGUUCAUUUUAUGAAAUAUAUAAUAAUGAAGUUUAUGAUUUAUGUAAUGCUGGAAAACGAUUAUUUGUUCGAGAGGAUGGUGAAAAACAUGUAAAUGUCAUUAACCUUAAAGAGACACAACUUGACCAUCUAGAUCAACUUCGUUGUGUUAUUGAUAAUGGUCUUAAUCGACGACAUCAUGGUCGAUCAGCAUUUAAUUCGAAUUCUUCACGAUCACAUGCUGUUUUUCAACUAGUGUUAAAAAGCAAAAAAGACAAUAGAACUAUUUUUCGAUUAGUCUUUAUCGAUUUGGCUGGUAGUGAACGUGCACAUGAUGCUCAAAACAAUCAACGCCAAACACGAAGAGAAGGAGCACAAAUCAACUGGAGUCUAUUGGCUUUGAAAGAAUGUAUACGCAGUAUGGAUCUUGUCCACUCUCACGCUCCAUUUCGGCAAAGUAAAUUAACUCACAUCUUACGUGAAUCAUUAGUUGGCUCAAAUACUCGGACAUGUUUGAUGGCCAACGUUUCACCAGUGGAAGAUUGCUGUCAGUGUUCAUUAAAUACACUUCAAUACGCUGCUCGUAUACGUGAAAUAAGCAUCAGACAUAGACAACGUUUACGUUUAAAUCAAAAUUAUCAACAAAAACCAAUUAAUCACCCUCCGUUACAAAAUUUUCGUCAUGAAGUGGUCCACGACAAUGAUCAGGACAAAAAAUUUAAGCCAGCAACCGCCUCAACUCCUGUUCAUCGGCAAAAUAAUGUUUUUCAAUCUUCAACUGAUAAUCCCCUGACACUCAUAGGUCAAGGAUAUGGCGAUGCUGCGACAAGCGGUUAUGCAUCAAUUGAUGUUGAUUGGAAAAUGGUGGAUGAUGAUAGUCCUAUUACAGGUUUUCAUCUUAAAAUGAAUAAACAACAACACACAAAACAAUCAAAUAAACAACCACUGAAUUAUGGUCAUCAGAUAUCACAAGAAAUUCGAAAACAUGAAAAUGAGAUUUGGAUGCCAUUUUCACACCAAAGCAAUUUGAUUCCUCAUACCGUACAAGCUGCAACGAGAGGUGGCUACGAAUCAGAAUCAAGCUCAACAAUGACAGAACAACAGAAACCAGAUAAUUACUCAGCUAUUUACAAUAAAAAUAUUCAAAACAGAGCGAUUAAUCCUUCUUAUCCAGCAAAAAAAUUAAACUUACAACCGACGGAUGAUACGACUGAUGCUAAUCCAUAUUACAGUAGCACUGGCACAGGCACAGAAAGUCUUGGAACUAAGAUAUCUCGACUUGCCAAAGGUCCUGUGAAUAAAGGUGUCAAAAAAUAUAUUCAUAAUAGACAAAUCGAAGAUUUACAUAUGAAUGACCGAAACUAUGAUACUACAGAUAUCGAACAAGGUGUGAUGUAUUCUGAUAGACCAUCACAAGCCACAAAUAAUGAUCAAACAGGUUUCUUCACGCAACGAGAUGAUCCACUAUAUGGAUUAUCGGAUGUAAAAUUCAAUGGUGCCUAUUCGCCGAAUGCAAGAUCUGUAAUUAAACCUGAGACAAAAUACAACGGCAGCAUCACUGCUACAACAGAUAAUAAAGGUACAUCUCCGUCAUGUUCAUUACCAUUUUCAGCACUUGAAAGUAUUGCACAUUACACAAAUACACACUCAUCACCAAAAUCAUCACUACGCUCACAUAACUCUGAAGUCUAUUGGUUAGAUGAAAACGGCAUGAAAUUAAUGUCAAAUGUUAUACCUUUAACUAAAACUAACAUUUCUCCAUUACAACAAUCCUGUCAUGUUGAAAUGAGUCAACACAUUUCAACAAGUAAAGAAUUGAAUUAUAAUCAAUCUAGAAAACAAAAGUUAUCUAGUAAUGCCCGUAAAAGAAAUCGAAAUAAGAAACAAAUUGACAGUGACGGAUCCGAUGAUUCUGAUGCCCAGAUACUCAAAGAAAACAGAGCCAAAUCUUCCUCGCCCAACUCAUGGAUUUCGAAUAAAAACCAUUAUGUCAGACAUAAUUUACUUCAUCAAAAAAUGAUCGAUUUAAAGAAAAUAACAAACUGGAAAACACAACUAGAUGAUGAUAAACAACAAAUUCGAACGAUGAAAACUGAGUCGAGUCAAACAGAUCAGUAUAACAAUUCUUUUAUUUCAAAAUCACCGACAUCUUUCCGUCAACAAAUACAAAUUAUUUCCGAGGAGAACGAAAAUAUAUAUGAUAGAGUGAAUCAAAUAUAUUCGAAGCAACAAGAUAGUGACGUUUAUCCAUCGAUGCUGGAACAAACAGUUGCUGGAGAUCAAAAUAAAAAUCAGCUUAAUUCUAACUAUACGUCCACAAAUUUGACUAAUGUAACUCAGGAUCAAACAGAUUAUAGCACGACGGUGUCAACAACAAACUUUGGUAUACGUGUAACUGAACAAUUGAAUGCAUUACGAACAUUGCUUGAAACACGUUUAAAAGAACAAGAAGAUACAGCAAAUCAUUUUUCAUCACCUCCAAAAAUCACAUCAACAUCAUCAUCACCAGAUGAUUAUGCUCGUGCAUGUCAUCAAUCAACUUGUCAAAAACAAUCGCUCUCAGAUGACAAAUUAUCUCAUACACAAUCACAGAUAAAAUCAACAUUUUCAUUAGGACAUGGUGAUAACAUUACAGGAAAAAAAUUCACUUCCACACUGUACGUUAAUACCAAUGCUAUGUCAACAUCCGAUGAUGAGGUAGAUGAUGAAGUAAAAAAUUAUACACAAAACUUGACGCUAAAAGAACAAUCACAAUUAACGUCAAUACCCAAUCAUAAUCAUCAAAAAUAUUCAAAAGAAGUGCUUACCGAUGAUCAAGCUCCAUCCUCGCCAGUCUUACAAAGAUACAAUGAAAUAGAAAUAGACUCAGAAUAUUUCCUGCAACCUAAUUAUUAUAGUCUAUCACCAUUAACAAAUUUGUUAAAUCCUGUAUUACCAAUAUCAACAACAUCAGCAGCAACAAUCACAUCCAAUUUAGCAGCUAAUAUUGAGUCAAAUAAUGAUACACCUGUGGUGAAUAAUUUAAAUAAUGGGCGACUUAUACAAACAAGUGAUUCUGAACGAACAAGUCAAAUAAACACAUUAUCAACAAAUCCAUUUAUAAAGGGAUCUGGUUCAUCAUUUGAACAAUUUUUAACACAUUUAACAAACGAACUUCACAAUAUUGACGUCAGUAUUGAUAACAAAACAGACGAAAAUCUUGUGUAUCAACCACAUUCAAUUCAAAAUACUAUCGAUAAUUUAUUAACAAAUAAACACGAUGAUAACAGAGGUCGAAAACCGGCCGAUAAUUCGGUUGAUCCGCUAUUUGAUAGCGGUAAAGGAAGUUCAUUAUUCAAUACGAAUACUUAUUCAUUGGACGCCUUAAUGAGCACGAUGAAAAAUAUUCAAAAUAGUACAAAUCUACCAGCUACAAUAAAAAACGAAGAUCAAUGA